UUGGACAAGCAUCCAUCUUGCAGCAAAAAAAUGCCACAGUCCGUGCCCACUAGCACCCAUGCCAGUAAUAUUAGCAAACAGACAUCAGAGACAGAGCUCCCCUUUUAAUCACAGAAACUGUUGUUUUCUUUCAGGGUCAGUAGUUGUUGUUCCAGCCCAGGCUUUGUACAUGCUAUUCCUGGACUAUUGAAAACUUCAAGUGCUGCUUCCCCUGCAAUACCAUACUUCUGGAUGAGGACACAACUUCAGUCUGCCAGUAUGUUCUUGAGGAAGAAGUGCAGAUAUGGAUCACGUAAGCUGCAGUUUCUCUUGUUGUUGCUGAUGCUGGGCUUUUUGCUACUGAUGGUUACAAUGCUGAACCCACCACCCAGCAACCAGAGCAAGGAAGGGGCUUUCCAGCCUGUGGAGUUCAACCCCCAGGAAGGGUAUCCGAUGGACUUUGCGGAGACCCAAGAGAUGCUGGAGACCCAGGAGGAGAGCCAGCAGUACUACCCUUUGGAUGGGCUAUCGCCUUUCAUCUCCCUGCGGGAGGACGAGUUGAUCGCGGCCGUCGUGUCGCCCACCGGGAAGAGGAACCACAGCAAGGCCAGGAAGGGCUAUCGCGUGGUGAAGCAGCAGAGCAGGCGGCCGGAGGAGAGGGCAGAGGAGGACGCGGACCCCCAUCUCCUGCGGGAUGGGGAAGGGGCUGCUGCGGGGGAGCAGCCGCUCGGCCUGGAAACUCACGGCUUUAACGAAGCGCUCAGUGAGCGGAUCUCUCUGCGCAGGGAGCUGCCUGAGGUACGACACCCGUUGUGCCUACAACAAGAAUAUGACUCCAGUCUGCCUACCGCUAGUGUCAUCAUCUGUUUCCAUGAUGAAGCCUGGUCUACUCUGCUGAGAACUGUGCACAGCAUUAUGGACACAGCCCCAAAGGCCUCCCUCAAAGAUAUCAUCCUAGUCGACGAUCUCAGCCAGCAAGGGCCCCUGAAGUCAGCUCUGAGUGAAUACAUCUCAAAGCUGGACGGUGUGAAGCUCAUCCGGAGCAACAAGAGGCUUGGAGUCAUCCGAGGUCGGAUGCUAGGAGCUGCACGAGCAACCGGGGACGUGCUGGUCUUCAUGGAUUCACACUGCGAGUGUCAGAAGGGAUGGCUGGAACCUCUCCUAGCCAGACUGUCCACCAACCGAAACAGUGUCGUCUCCCCUGUCAUAGAUGUCAUAGACUGGAAGACUUUUCAGUACUAUCACUCUGCACGCCAGCAUCGAGGUGUUUUUGAUUGGAAACUAAAUUUUCAUUGGGAACCAGUACCAGAGCAUGAAGAGAAGGUGCGACAGUCUCCCAUCAGCCCAAUCAGGAGUCCUGUGGUAGCUGGUGCAGUGGUCGCAAUGGAUCAACAUUACUUCCAAAACACUGGAGCUUAUGAUUCUGACAUGACCACGUGGGGAGCCGAAAAUUUGGAAUUAUCUAUAAGGACUUGGCUCUGUGGUGGCUCUGUAGAAAUCAUUCCAUGCUCCCGAGUGGGGCACGUCUAUCGAAACCACUUUCCCAGUGCCUUCUCCUAUGAAGAUGCCAUUGUGAGGAACAAAAUCCGAAUAGCAGAAACCUGGCUGGGCUCUUAUAAAGAGAACUUCUACAAGCAUGACACAGUGGCUUUCUUAAUCAGCAAGGCAGAGAAGCCCGACUGCAGUGAGCGCCUUCAGCUACAGAAGAGACUAGGCUGUAGAAAUUUCCAGUGGUUUAUAUCAAAUGUGUACCCUGAACUCUCCCAACCUGAGGACACACCAAGAUUCUCUGGCAAGCUUUACAAUACUGGUGUUGGCUUCUGUGCAGAUUACAGACCUGGAAGGGCCGUUGCAGAAGGCUCUAUCGAACUCUCCCCUUGCAGUGACAGCCUUACCCAGCACUUUGAAUAUAACAGCAUGAAGGAAAUCCGGCUUGGUUCUGCUCCGCUGUUUUGCUUUGAUGUCAGACACGGGAAGGUUAUCCCUUACAACUGUACAAAGGAGACAGACAACAAACAACAGCGCUGGAAUGUCCAGGAGGAUGGAAUGAUUAUCCAUGUCCUUUCUGGAAAAUGCAUAGAGGCAGCAAAGACUGAAGAGGAUAAGGACUUGGUUUUGUGUGAAUGUAACAAGAAUGCAAAUCAGGUGUGGCAAUUUGAACGUUCCCAUGAGCUACAUCAGAGAUGACUGAUGGGUCUCUGUGGAGGUUGAGUCUCCAAAACUUAGCAUUAAUUCUGUUUGGGAUUUAAGAUACAUUUCCUGCAUGGACAAGAAAGAUGCUUAUCUUUGCUGUAGCAUGCAAGGAAGUUAGGGAGGUCUUUCCUUUGAAAGCCUGGCUCAAAUAGUUGUCACCAGGUCCUGGUUUAUUCAGCUCUAGCUAAAAUUUCUAUUUAUUCUGUGAAGCAGGGAAUAAAGAUACUGUGAGCAUCAAUAGAGUCUCAACUCUGCUAUUGCAGAAGACAGUUACGUUUGCCAUUUGAAGGAAACACAGACGAUUGGCUGCCAGACAGCUUGUCUUUAACGUAUUCUGUGACUUCUGAGGACACAGGAAAAUGAAUGUUUGUGAAACUUGUGAAACUAUAGGAGGACGUCAGCCAAACCAGGAUAAGAGUUUAGCCUUGUUUUACAGUGCACUCAACUCAUAUAAAACAAAGUAGGUUUUGUUCUGUGUGCUUUAAAGUAGUAGUUUUCGUGUCUAAUAGCUAAAAUUUUGUUUUCCCAAUAGCCUGAUUCAAAUUUCUACCCUGUAUUGAAUUACACAGAGCAUAAUUUAGCACUUAAUUAGGGCCUAACUGCACUAAUUGAUUUGGAAUAUCAACAAUCCUCAGUGUUUGGCAUACCCUUCCUUAAAUCCUUUGUCUGUGGUCUAAUUUGGAUGAGAGAAUGAGACUGAAAUAUUAACAACUACUUUUGUUUGUUUGUUUUAAUCAAAUUUAAGAACAACUCUUCAGGAAACUUUUGUGGAAUAUGGAAGAAGAUUGAACUAGAUUAGAAAGGAGGGUAACAAUUUCCCUGUUUAUUUUGAAACGGAAAGUGUCGGUGCAUCCAUUUGCUCUUAUAAAGCUAUGGGAUGAGCUUAUUAUUAUUCCAGUGACAAAUCUACUGUCUGAAAACAGCAGAUGAAGAGAAACCACAGAUUUCAACAGUGGCUGCCUAAGAAGAAAAUACUGGUGCCUACUUCCACUUGCUUGCAUCCUGAGUUAAGCCUUUCACACUGUGAAAGUAAGUCUUCCACACUGUCAGUUUUAGCCAGGAAGAUCUUUUACAUUCUUGCUGUCAUGGGUCUCCAAGCUGAUCCUCAAAAGGCACCAGUGUGCAAAAUUCUUUAAACAAGCUUCUUCAGAGGCUGCAUCCCUGCCGACCUCCUGUCUUUCAAAGGAGUGAUGGAGAGUCAAUGUUAAGUAACGAGAAUGAUCUCAUACAGCAUGCACUAGUGAAACAAACUUCUGUCAGUAUUUCAUUAGGGCACUUUCAAUUUUCAAGUUAAAACCAAUAAUGGUGACACUUUCCAAGAGCCUGCUAAAACAGAAGAACAAUGAAGAACACCACAUCUGACUUAUAAUGCACAACAGUCAUAAUUGUGUCUAUUUAUUAAAGGGGAAGGGAUUCAUUAAUGAAACUCAAUUCGGUAUUGAGGUUUUUUUCAAGAGACAGAAAAUUGGGUGGUAUUUUUUGUAAAAUAUACAGCAUGUCAUUUGAACUGUGGAGAAAGGAAGGAAUAACAGAAUAUUCUGCAAAGCCUUCCAGUCACCAGUUCACUUCCAGUUCUUUGUAAACCAUAAUAAACUGGUUUCAAGCAUAUAAAGUUGGUUACAACAGAAGACACAAACAGCAUUCUAUGUUGUGUUGUCCAAAUAUUUCCCAGUGGGAUCUCUGUUUGCUCCAAGUGUUACAGAUUCCAAAUGAGGUUCAGGCAUCUCUCCAACCAUCCUAAUUAUAAUAUCACUUACUCUUUCUUUGAUAGCAUCAGAAUCUAAUACCAUUUGCUUUCUGCUGUGUCUUUUAAAAUUUCCUGUGACAUUCUUGAAAAUGUUUCAACUUGCAGACGAAAGGAUGGCAGCAACUUCUUCCAGAAUACCGAGUGAUCCCCAAAUCUAGGAUCAGAAAAGAGAAUUUCUAAAAUUGCAUAAAAGCUAAGUGAAAUGCUGUUUUAAUGACAUGUGAUUCCUUUAUUUUAAAUUAUAAGUAUGCCAGAUUUUUUAAUACUGUAUUA